UGCGGACUGACCUGCUUGCGAGGCGAUGGUCACGUUCUGCGCGGGAAGUGUCCAGGUCCGGUUUGCGGGGAGCUUGUUGUCCAUAGGUGCGAGUCGAGCGUACCAGGGCAGUCCGUGGUAGUAGGUCUGCACGUCACAUAGAGUCAGGGACGGGCUGUCCAGACAGUCAUGUGGAGGGGACUUACGAGAGGAGCGACGGGUGCCGCUGUGUCCAGGGUCCGGUAUGGAGGUUUCAGGUCUGUGCGCUUGAUUUGAUCCUGUGAGAUGUGGGUGUUUGGUGGCCGGGUGAAGAGCGGCACACAGUGUGGGGAUGAGUCCUCAAUGGACGUCAUGGCGGCCUCGGCCCUCAGUGCGCUGUCUUGGAAAAGACAUGCAUGGGCAUGGUGUGGGCGAAUGGAAAGUGUCUUCGUCUGCGCUAAUCCCGGGGACGCAAUGUGCACGGGAGCGCACAACGGUCAGUGCGAUCGUAUCAACGGUCGGGGUGGAGAUCCACGUGCGUGCGCCAUGCUGUUACGGGACGAGUCUUCAACGUCGAGCGCAACGACGUCCGCCAUUUUUGAACGGCUUGCUUUGCGUUGCUUGGGCGAUCAAGAAGCAUCGAUGGUUGCAUCGGACGCAGACGCGCGGUUGGGACAGGUCGGGCAAGUUGCGAAUACAGCGGGCACCCGCCAGCAAAGCCUAGCUUUGCAGUCAUACUGGGCAACCACGCUGAAGUCAUCGAUGGUGUUGACAGACACGGGGAGAGAUGCACCCCCUGUCAUUGGAAGCUGACCUCGUUAGAGCAGCGAACGUAUGAUGUAACUGAUCUGGACGAGUCUUAAAUGUCUUGUCGUGGUCAUGUCGCCUCAGAAACAGAGCGGCUCGAGAGCACUAGUGGUCGGUGCUGAAUGCGAGCAUGCGAGCAUGCGAGAACCACAGGAGAGACUGUGCGAAGGGCCUGGCGUGAAUGUAGCGACUGUGUGCUGGGUAGCUGACCAUCGGAUGGUUUUGGAGAUCUCAUUGAUGAAGUUGGCGGCAGUUUGAGCAUGGACGUGGACAUGAUUUCUAUUUAAUUGUAGCGAGGGCAUCUCCUGAGAGCAACGGCAGCAUGCUGUCUGGAAAAUAGCUACAUUUGUGAGCGGUUGUGCUGAAAAUGAGCAUGCGAUACACACA